CGGUGUGUUAAAUAACUGACGCUUUUGCUUCGCUCGAUGUUGUGUUAAAUUAUUAGUUUUGCCGUUCAACAGACGAUAUUGUAACGCGAGCAGCACAAUAUUUAAGUGCGUAGCAUCGCAUGUGAACGGAGCACCGGGGGUUUAAGGAAAUGGGUUCAGAUGGAGAAAAUAUUACGUAACGCAGCCGCGUUAAGCCGCCGGUCAUCCGCUAGGAAACGUCACCUAUCAGGCCCGGGAGCGCGCGCUGGAGCAUCCGUGCAGGAGCGCCGCGUGGUGCCACUGGUGGCGCCCCAGUAACGGACGCAGGUUUACCGGGGCCUAAUCAAUCACCCGCAGCCUAAUCAAUCACCCGCAGCCGAGCCGGACGCUGUGACUAUGGGGCGGAUUUAACGUGUGGUAGAGAGAAUACGAGCCGUGGAUCUAGAAUAACAGAAUAACGCUGUUUGAAAGCAAGAUCAGUCAAAUGUGACUCGUUUAACUUCAUCUAACCCGCAGAAACGGAGCUGAUUCAGAUACUGAGUGUGUGGAGUCAAGUUGUAUUGUCAUUUUAGAUAUAUACAGGUAUAGCGCAGGUAUAGCGUGAAAGGAAAUAACGUUAAUCCAGGAUCAUGGUGUAACACAAACGAAGAACAUAAGUGUAAACAAAUAUGAGCUACAGAAAACCUGUAGGGCAACACUGACCAGUGCACGUACCAGCCAGUGCAAUCAUUUAAGAACACCAUAUUGUUGGAAUACAGUAUUUAUUCAGCAUUUGUUCAGUAUUUGUUGUCGGUCUCGGGGAGCUGAGUUUGCUGGCAUGGAGAAAGAGACUGUUGAACAGUCUGGCUGUAAGGGCCCAAAUGCGUCAGUAACUUCCCAGAUUAAUACUGUGAGGGGAGGGUCGUCACUCUGAUACCUUGUUGACAGUUUUUUACCAAUUUGUGGGACGUGUGUAGCUGUCAGAAAGAUGGACUAGUUGACAUUCUGACCCAUUCCUUGUUACCUCAUCUGAACUGACUUCCGCCUGCCACGCCCCCUCUCCGUCGCCAUGGCGUUGUGUGUCUCUGCCUGCUCCCCAGCUGUGAGGUUCUGUCAGAAGGUGAACAGGCUGAAGACGUUAGAGGAUGACGUCAUGGCAACGUCCCUGAAGCGCUGUCUCUCCACGUUGGACCUGGCAAUGCUCGGGGUCGGCGGAAUGGUCGGCUCGGGCCUCUACGUUCUCACGGGAACUGUCGCCAAAGAUACGGCUGGGCCGGCCGUGGUGCUCUCGUUCCUCAUCGCGGGCGUGGCCUCUCUCAUGGCUGCCCUCUGCUAUGCUGAGUUUGGUGCGCGCGUCCCCAAGACAGGCUCCGCCUACAUGUUCACGUACGUUUCUGUGGGCGAGAUCUGGGCCUUUCUGAUUGGCUGGAACGUCAUUCUGGAGUAUAUGAUUGGUGGGGCUGCGGUGGCCCGGGCGUGGAGCGGCUACCUGGACUCCAUCUUCAACCACCGCAUCCAGAACUUCACGGAGAGCUAUGUGAUGCGCUGGGACGUGCCCUUCCUGGCUCAUUACCCAGACCUCCUUGCAGCGGGGAUCCUCCUGGUGGCCUCCGUCUUCAUCUCAUUUGGCGUACGUGUGUCUUCGUGGCUCAACCACAUCUUCUCCACCAUCAGCAUGUUGGUCAUCACCUUCAUCCUGGUCUUCGGCUUCAUGCUGGCCAACCCGGCCAAUUGGAGCGCUCAGGAAGGCGGGUUCGCCCCCUAUGGGCUGUCUGGGGUAAUGGCAGGAACGGCCACCUGUUUCUACGCCUUUGUAGGGUUUGACGUGAUCGCAGCUUCCAGCGAGGAGGCCGAGGACCCUCAGAAGGCCGUGCCCAUAGCAACAGCCAUCUCACUAGGCCUGGCUGCCACCGCGUACAUCCUGGUUUCCACGGUGCUGACAUUGAUUGUUCCGUGGCACACGCUCGACCCGAACUCGGCGCUGUCCGACGCCUUCUUUAGACGCGGGUACAGCUGGGCUGGCUUCAUCGUGGCUGUGGGGUCUAUCUGUGCCAUGAACACGGUGUUGCUUAGCAACCUGUUCUCUCUGCCGCGGAUCGUGUACGCCAUGGCGGAAGACGGCCUCUUCUUCUCCAUCUUCUCCCGCGUCAACCCCGUCACCAAGGUCCCCGUCAUCGCCAUCCUGGUGUUUGGGAGUCUCAUGGCCUUCCUGGCACUGAUCUUUGACCUGGAAGCGCUGGUGCAGUUCCUCUCCAUCGGCACCCUGCUGGCCUACACCUUCGUGGCCGCCAGCAUCAUCGUGCUUCGCUUCCAACCCGACAAGACGAGCAGCGCCUCGGGCGCGGGGGGCGUGGUGACGGACGCGACCUCACCCUGCCCGCUCGCGCCCCAGGGCGUCGGCUCAGAGACCCAGACGCUGGCGCAGGACGGCGGAGAGCUAAAAGAGUACGAAUCCUUCUCCGACAAGCUCCAGUUGGUGGAGCGGGAGAAGGCGGAGCGAGAGCGGCGGGCCCCGGGCACGCUGCAGGCGCGCUGGGAGCCCUACCUGGGCCGGGCCCUGGGCGACCGGGAGCCGGGCGAUGUGGUGGCCUUCUCCGUGCUGGCCCUGAUGGUGAGCGCCGUGUCGCUGAGCUGCGUGGCCGUGUUCGGGAGCAGCCACCUGCAGCUGCCCGUCUGGAGCUUCGUCCUGUUGGUGGUGGUCUUCAGCCUGGCCUUCAUCGUCAGUCUGCUCCUCAUCUGGGUCCAUGAACAGCAGACCAUCACCAAGACCUUCCAGGUUCCCCUGGUGCCAUUCAUCCCUGGGCUUAGUAUUCUGCUCAACGUGUUUCUGAUGAUGAAGCUCAGUCCUCUCACCUGGAUACGAUUCACCAUCUGGGUGGCAGCAGGGUUGCUGGUGUAUUUUGGCUACGGUGUGUGGCACAGUAAGGAGCGCCACCGUGAGCAGGGUCAGGACGUGGCCGCCCACUAUGUGGUUCUGCCCAGCGGCAGCCUGGUCCAGACCGUCCAGAACGUCCAGCCCGAUGGACACACACACACGCACGCCACACACACACCAGCCACCAGUGACCCGCAGGCCAGCAGAUGAUCCGUCUCUGUGAGGCAUAUGGGGGGUGUGGAGUGUGUGGGCCACUGUUGCUUUGCCAGCUGAUUGUAACGUGGGUGUGUCGGGGUGUGUCGGGGUG